UUUGGCUAAGAUCAAGUGUAGUAUCUGUUCUUAUCAGUUUAAUAUCUGAUAUGUGGGCCAUGUGCCCACAACGAUAUUAAAUUUAUUUUUUAUGGGGAAAGGUCCACAAUAGUGGCUUGUCACUAGGACCCUUAGGUGUCGCCCAGGCUUUGCACUGCUGCCUGGGCCCGGCGCACCCCAACCAAAUCGAAUUUCUAAUUUGCUUCAAAUUGAUGAUUGUUUUCUGUUUUUUAUUAAACCGAAUAACAAAGUUAAUUUCGAUGGCGGUGCCUAGAAUUGCUUCAAUAAUCACGAUAAGCUUCCUGAAUAUGACAACCCCGCUGUCUAUUCGGCCCGUUGUCCGUCCAUUAAUGCUGGGCCUAAUCCCAAUAAUCAUCAGCCCAUGGUCCAAAACAGGUUCGGUAAGUUGCGGGCUUUUCUGCUCGUGGGCUUUAGCGAGCGAGUCCAUUCGACUGCACGGUGGGUCGCGCCUCCACGCAGCCAUCGUGGUGGAAGUAACUCUCGCCUCCAGUACCACCCCCCGCCUCCGCCCCCGACCAUGGCAACCUCCACGCCGCCGUCCUAAUUAACAGCCACUCUCCCAAGUCCCAACCUACCCCGAGACCCAGCCCCCCCCGCGCUGGCCGCGACCCGCCCCGGGAUCGCGCGGAUCAGAUGCUAUCCCUGGGCGCCCUCCGCAAGCUCUGCGCCGCCUUCGACGCCGUCGCGCUCACCAUCAUCGCCGCCGGCCUCUCCCACCCCCGCUGCCGCCCCUUCUCCGCGCGCGCGGCCCCUCCGCCGGACUUCCCCACCAUUGCCUCCUGCCGAGCCGCGGUCGCGGCCUCCAAGCGCCGCCGCCAGCCCUCUUCGGCCCCCGCCGAGGCGCAGCCGGAACGGCCCGCGGACGCCGAGGCGCCGGUGCUGGUCAGGAUCAAGAGAGAGCGGGACCCGGUUCGGCUGUACGAGCUGUUCAAGGCCAAUGCGGACAACCGCGUCCUGGUCGAGAACCGGUUCGCGUUCGAGGACGCGGUGGCGCGACUGGCAGGUGCUCGACGGAAUGACCUCGUGGAGGAGAUCCUCGAGCAGCACAAGGCGCUGCCCCAGGGAAGGCGGGAGGGGUUCGUGAUCAGGGUCAUUGGCCUGUAUGGGAGGGCCCGGAUGCCGGAGCAUGCUCUCCGGACGUUCCGGGAGAUGGAGAUGUACGGGUGCGAGCGCACGGUCAAGUCGCUCAAUGCCACGAUGAAGGUGCUGAUGCAAGCACGGCUCUUUGAUGAGGCCCUGCGGCUGUUGGACGAGGCAUCGCCUACAUACGGGGUUGAGCUGGAUGACAUAUCGUAUAACACAGUGGUGAAGAUGGCGUGCGACAUGGGGGAGCUCCAUGCAGCGUACCGGGUAAUGCAGGAGAUGGAGAAGGAAGGAGUGCGGCCAGAUGUCAUCACAUACACGACACUGAUGGCUGCGUUCUAUAAGAAUGGCCACCGUGAGGUUGGGGAUGGCCUGUGGAACCUCAUGAGGUUGAGGGGUUGCAUGCCCACACUAACCAGUUACAAUGUAAGGAUUCAGUUCCUGAUCAACAGGAAAAGGGGCUGGCAGGCAAAUGAUCUGGUGCGGAAAAUGUAUGCAGCGGGGAUAACACCGGAUGAGAUCACAUAUAACUUGGUUAUUAAGGGAUUUUUUGUGAUAGGUGAGCAUGAGAUGGCGAAGACGGUCUUUGGUGCGAUGCAUGGGAGGGGAUGCAAGCCAAAUGAAAGGAUUUACCAGACAAUGGUGCAUUACCUAUGUAAGCGAAGGGAGUUUAAUUUGGCAUUCAGAUUGUGCAAAGACAGCAUGGAGAAGAACUGGUUUCCGAGUGUCGAUACCAUUCACCAUCUGCUGAAAGGCCUUAUGGUAAUUAAAAAGGACAGGAACGCCCGAGAGAUAAUGAAGUUGGUUGCUGAGAGAAAACCUUCCUAUUCAGUUGAUGACGUGAAGGCCUUCCAAGACAUAUUGUCUCAUGGGAAGACUGGAAGAUAAGUUGACUGCUGGACGAAAAGUUUUGCUGUAAAUGCACCACAUGUAACUCUGGCGCUUUUUCCAUGCUUGGUUGAAAGGAGAAGGUGACAAAGAGAAUAAUUAAAGUGCAGAACAAUAGAAGUUGAGGGGGUGAACGGGAUCGCAUGGUCAUUCAAGCAGCAUUGUUCCCAGAACCAUUAUUGUAAGUCACAAGGUAGACGUUUCCAAAGAUCAACGUUGUUGCUUGUAGCACUUGGAGGAAAACAAGCGUAUUGAUCAUCAAUCGCAGCCAAGUGAGCUUUCUUCUGCCCAGGGUGGCAACAGAUGGGGCAAUUUGCAGCUUAGCGCAAGCAGCAGCAUAGCCAACCAGAAGAGAUUUAUACCAACAGCCCGGUAGCAUAUCCAUAUACUGCUAUUGGGAGACAAACAUACACUGCUACUUUUUAGUUAGUAUAUCAUGUUCAUGUCACUACAACCAUAAAUUUACGGCAUUCUUUGUCUGGUUCUUCAUGUAGAAAAUUUAUCAUUGACAGUAUGUUGUAUUCUCGUUGUUUCUACUCAAUUGACGUGUACAACACAGGUGGAACAAUAUAAAACACGUGUUAGCACUUUA